CUUUGCUUUCUCACUGACAAUUCUCUUUCUCUUUCUCUCUCUCUUUCUCUUUCUGAAAAGAUGGAAUACAAGGGCAAAGCUACAACACCACCACCAACACCAUUGACAGUUUUCUCAAGCUCUGCAUCUACUUCUCUUUCACCUCCCCAUCAUCAUCAGUUUUCUCCAGGCUUUCCUUCACCUUCUCAUCAAUCUUCUCCUCCUCCUCCUCCUCCUCCUUCUCUUCCUCUCUCUCCUCCUCCGCCGGUUGUACUCAGCCCGUGUGCCGCCUGCAAGAUCCUUCGCCGCCGAUGUGGGGAGAAAUGUAUUUUAGCUCCAUAUUUUCCUCCAACUGAGCCAUUCAAGUUCACCAUUGCUCAUAGGGUCUUUGGAGCUAGCAACAUCAGCAAGUUCUUGCAGGAACUUCCAGAGUCUCAAAGAGCAGAUGCGGUGAGCAGCAUGGUUUAUGAAGCGAAUGCGAGGAUUCGAGACCCGGUCUACGGCUGUGCCGGCGCAAUCAGCCAGCUUCAAAAGCAAGUUAGCGACCUGCAAGGGCAAUUGGCAAAGACUCAAGCUGAGCUGGUAAACAUGCAAUACCAGCAAGCCAAUUUGGUGGCCUUAAUUUGCAUGGAAAUGACACAAUCUCAAGACCACAGCAGCUUCCAGCAACAACAGCCGUACGUUGACACAAGCUGUUUUUUGGACGACAGCAAUCUGGGGUCGGCCUGGGAACCUCUUUGGACAUGAACAACAUGUCUUAUAAUUAACUUCCAAGCGGGGAAGAACAUACUGAGAAAUGAGGAGAUCGAUUUGAAAUAAAGUGAUUUAGUUAUGCAUGGUAUAUAUAUAUAUAUAUAUAUAUGAGUAAUGAUGUUGUUUCUGUUGUCAUAAUUGACAAGUGAAACCUUUUCCCUACGCGUAAUCUUACCAACAAAAAGGAGUUAAAAAAAAAAGAGUCAAAAUAUUGUAGGAAUUAAGGAUGUCCUUAAUUAU